AUGCAUCACGAGUUCUCUCUGCCAAUCAUUCAUCGUGACAUUAAGUAUAGUAAUAUCCUUUUAGGCCAUGAGUUGAAUGCCAAAAUUGCAGAUUUUGGACUAGCUAAGGUUUUGGCUAAGUGGGGAGAGACAGAGACUGCUUAUGUUAUCGCUGGCACGUUUGGUUACCUAGCUCCAGAGUAUGCAUACACAUCGAAAGGGAAUGGAAAGAUUGAUGUUUACAGCUUUGGUGUGGUGUUAUUGGAGCUGGUUACCGGGAGAGAACCAAUUAACGGAGACGAGCUUAUAAACCUUGCACAAUGGGCAUACAUGGAACCACCAUGA